GGAGGAGGUGGAGGCGGAGAGAGUUGGGGAGGGCAGCUGCAGAGUGACGUCUCACCACCAGGAAGCCCGCCUCUGGUUUUAAGAUGUUAGGCCAACAGGGAAGCGCGGAGCCGCAGAUCUUGUCCGACGCUCGCUUGGGUGCCUGGAGCUGAGCUGCGGCAAGGGGGUCCCAGCUCGACGGCCCGAGGGGGUGUGCGUGCGCGCUGCGGAGGGUGCGCUCAGAGGCCCACGCCACUGCUGUGGCCGCUGCCUCCGCUGCAGGGGAUCUAAUAUCAGCUACCUGUCCCUGUCACUCUUGACACUUUGCUGUCAGGGCUGCCGCGCGGGGGGCGGGCAGAGCGCGAUCGGCGUUAGCUUUCCUUAUUGGAGGGGUAUUUGGGGGAGGGAGGGAGGGAAGAAGGGGGUCUUUGCCCACUCUUGUUUCGCUUUGGAUCUUGGAAGCCUGCUCCCUAAAGACUCUAGGAGCGGUGCCCUCCUACCCACAUCCUCAUGUCUCCGUUUGCUCGCUGAUUUUCGGCUGCCGGACACUUUCGCUUGAGCCUUCCGGAGGAGACGGGGGCGGCUUGGCUGGAGGACUUGGCGGGGGUUGCGUCCCCUGGCUCUGCCCACCGCGGCCACUGCGGGGAAACUCCGCGCCUAGAUCGCUACCCAGAACGGGCAGCGGCGACCACGGGGGCUCGGCGGGGCGGUAGCCCGGGACUCGUAGGGCGGCGCACUCCCUCGUCCAUGAACUGCAUGAAAGGCCCGCUGCACUUGGAGCACCGAGCAGCCGGGACCAAGCUGUCGGCCGCCUCCUCGUCUUCCUCCUCCUGUCACCAUCCCCAGCCAUUAGCCAUGGCUUCGGUCCUGGCUCCCGGUCAGCCCCGCUCCCUGGACUCCUCCAAGCACAGGCUGGAGGUGCACACCAUCUCCGACACCUCCAGCCCGGAGGCCGCAGAGAAAGACAAGAGCCAACAGGGAAAGAAUGAGGACGUGGGCGCCGAGGACCCGUCCAAGAAGAAGCGGCAACGGCGGCAGAGGACUCAUUUCACCAGCCAGCAGCUGCAGGAGUUAGAAGCCACUUUUCAGAGGAACCGCUACCCAGACAUGUCCACGCGCGAAGAAAUAGCCGUGUGGACCAACCUUACGGAAGCCCGAGUCAGGGUUUGGUUCAAGAACCGCCGUGCCAAAUGGAGAAAGCGAGAGCGCAACCAGCAGGCCGAGCUGUGCAAGAAUGGCUUCGGGCCCCAGUUCAACGGGCUCAUGCAGCCCUAUGACGACAUGUACCCAGGCUACUCCUACAACAACUGGGCCGCCAAGGGCCUCACGUCGGCCUCCCUGUCCACCAAGAGCUUUCCCUUCUUCAACUCUAUGAACGUCAACCCCCUGUCGUCGCAGAGCAUGUUUUCCCCGCCCAACUCCAUCUCGUCCAUGAGUAUGUCGUCCAGCAUGGUGCCCUCGGCGGUGACGGGCGUCCCGGGCUCCAGCCUCAAUAGCCUGAAUAACUUGAACAACCUGAGCAGCCCAUCGCUGAAUUCCGCGGUGCCCACGCCCGCCUGUCCUUAUGCGCCGCCGACUCCUCCGUACGUUUAUAGGGACACGUGUAACUCGAGCCUGGCCAGCCUGAGACUGAAAGCCAAGCAGCACUCUAGCUUCGGCUACGCCAGCGUGCAGAACCCGGCGUCCAACCUGAGCGCUUGCCAGUACGCGGUGGACCGGCCGGUGUGAGCCGCGUCCGCAGCGCGGGGAGCCUAGGACUGUGCGGGAGGGGCAGCUUCGCCCUUGAAAGACUGGGAACUAUGCUAGAAGGUCGUGCGCGCUAAAGAAAGGCAGAGCAAAAGAGAAAGGGAGAAAAGGAAACCACUGAUUCCAGAGAGCUCCUUUGAUUUCAAAGGAAUGUCCUCAGUUGUCUGACAUCUUUCACUGAAAGUAUUUCCAACAGUUGCAAGGACACGUACGCCAACAAAUGUUUGACUGGAUAUGACAUUUUAACAUUACUAUAAGCUUGUUAUUUUUUAAGUUUAGCAUUGUUAACAUUAAAAUGACUGAAAGGAUGUAUAUAUAUGGAAAUGUCAAAUUAAUUUUAUAAAAGCAGUUGUUAGUAAUAUCACAACAGUGUUUUAAAGGUUAGGCUUUAAAAUAAAGCAUGUUAUACAGAAGCGAUUAGGAUUUUUCGCUUGCGAGCAAGGGAAUGUAUAUACUAAAUGCCACACUGUAUGUUUCUAACAUUAUUAUUAUAAAAAUGUGUGAAUAUCAGUUUUAGAAUAGUUUCUCUGGUGGAUGCAAUGAUGUUUCUGAAAUUACAUGUACAACCUACCCUGUGUAUAACAUUUCGUACAAUAUUACUGUUUUACUUUUCAGCAAAUAUGAAAAAAUGUGUUUUAUUUCAUGGGAGUAAAAUAUACUGCAUACA